AUGCACACGGUCUUUGAAUGUCACGUGACUAUCCAGCCACAUCUCAUUGGUCAGUUCAAAAGUGCGGUGUUCAUUUGUGAGCCAGUAGAUCCAGGUGGCGGGUCCACCUCGCCAAGAGCCUUCUCAGCCAACAGUCUUUUAUUCUAUUUAUCGCCCACUCACUCCACCAAAGCCGCUAUGAGCGUCACCUGUACUUGCAAGUUUGGCCAUGACUCAUCUCGCAGUGUGGUGAGGCAGAUUGGAGUCAGGAUACCCCUCGACACAGGACGUAGAGUUCACAUACAGGUUCCAUGGUACUCUGAUGGCAAUGCAGACACCCCCAGCCAACCAGAUGCAGGACUGACUCUCACCAGCUACCUCAGUUAUGAGGGAGAAGAGGGGAGAGGGUGGAAGGACUGGGAGGCUGGUGAUGUUGGGUCCGAUGACUCUGGCAUGGAGGCCACUCUCGAUGGAGAGGAGGAGGACACCGGGACUGAGCAGAAACAAGAAGCAAUGGAGAAGAUCUCAGCACUGGAGAGCGAGUUGGCACGUCUCAAGGCACAGAUUGCAGUCUAUGCUCUCUCUGAGGAAUCCAACAUUCCUCCAGCUCCACCAGCCCCUCCCCCUCCUCCCAUUGCUCCUCCUCCUCCUCCGCCCUCAUUCAGCACCCCUGCCCCACCGUCACGAGUACCACUCUUGUCACGAGGUGUCAGGGGGAACCCUGCAGCCACCCCCACACACCCCAACUUUUCCCACGUCCUGCAGGAUAUCGGCAGUGUCAAACUGCGCUCAGUUCCCUCCAUUGUCAGAAUUCCUUCACUACUUUCGCUGCCCAUUUUACACCUCCUGUCAGUUAGUAAAGGUGGCGACAAUAUAGGGCUCGCGUGGAGGAACUUUUCCACGAGCAAGCGAUGUCACGUUCAGAUAGUCUCCAGGAGGGACUCCGAUGAGAAGAAAGGACCGGGAGAACUCCGCCCUGUGUGGGAGUUAUCCAAACAGAGGAUUCUGAGAAUGAAAGUUUUUCUUUUCGUCUUCCCAACUAUGGCUCUGUACUGUUGUACAACAGGCAGUCAGCUCCACCAUAAUAUUAUACAAAAGAACAUAUCGGUCAUCCCUGGGAAACUGGAAAAUGUUUCCAACAUUAGCUUCAACAAUGACAACUUCUCUGUGUCAUAUGAGGGUUCCGGAACACUUGUUGGGGUGAGCAGAUUCAAAGAUGACAACGACAUUUACGUGGGGAUAACUGUCUACGGGACCGCUAACAACUCCAAUGUUACUCAAGUUACCAUUAAUAAUGGCACCUUGCUUUAUGACAUCCGCAUCCACAUAUUGGACUGUCCACUCGGUUUGUAUACUAAUAGGAAUGGGGUAUGUGUCUGUCCACCGGCUGUCGCUGAGGAAUUCAAAACCCUCCCUGGUAUUAAUUGUGAUAACUCCACCUUCAAAGCAAGGGUGUUCUUUGGCUACUGUAUUGACCAACAUAAGUUACUGGUUGUCCGCUGUCCACUGGCUAUACCUCAUAGUUCUGAUAGUAAAGCAAGUGUGUAUACUCCUAUCGAUCGCUCAAGAGAUUUUUGCCGCAUUUUCAAUCGAAAUGGAAAAUUUUGCAGUAGUUGUAUUAACAAUUACGGCAUAUCUGUUUAUUCGGACACCUUUGAGUGCAUCCAAUGCAACAAACCAGAUCAUCACUGGAGAGCCAUUGUGUCUUACCUUGCAAUUGAAAUCAUUCCCUCCACCUUGUUUUUCUUGUUUAUCCUCUACUUUCACAUUGUGGUAACGUGUGGCCCUGCAAAUGGGUACAUCUUCUUUGCUCAGACAAUGACCACCCCAUUUGAAGUCAUAUUCCUGCAAUACAUCGUACAAAUGUUCUUCAAGCCUCUUGGUGAUCAUUAUCUUCCCCAAGGAAUGGUUCAGUCUGUUAUCAUUCCAUACAGCAUGUGGAAUCUAGAUUUUCACAGGAUUUUGGGUAAAUCUGCAAAGUUCUGUUUGUCUGACAGCCUUCGGCCCAUGGACAUACUUGCUCUGCACUAUGUCUCGGCACUUUACCCUUUCCUUUUGCUUGUUGUGUGUUACAUCGUCAUCGAGCUGCAGGCUAUGAAUUUUCGUCCUGUCAUUUGGAUGCUGAAGAUCAUCUGCUUCCCCUGCAUGCGAUGGCAGAGGGUCUGGAAGGCAAAGGUAUCCAUCCUGGACACCUUUGCCACCUACGUUCUUCUAACCUACUACAAGGUCAUGUACGUGACCUUUCUUCUGUUGUCUACCACGAAAACUAAUCAUAUUACGUUGGGUGGACAUGCAAAACAGGAUCGUGUUGUCUUUGUUGAUCCAUCCAUUGACAUAUACUCAACUAAACACUUGCCGUUUCUCUUCUUGGCAGUCACAGUUCUCCUUACUUUUGGCCUCUUUCCCCCACUCCUGUUGAUACUCUACCAGUUCAAGACAUGCUACUCGUUUCUGGAGAGGGCGAGACUCAAACGUCCGGGGCUGGAGCAGUUUGUGCUGGCCUUCCAGGGCUGCUACAAAGACGGGACUAAUGGAAGCCCCGACCGAAGGUUUUUCGCUGGUCUUUAUUUUGUUUUUAGGCUGGUCAUGGUGAUGUUGAUGACUAUGCCAGACGAUUCUCUUAUAGUGUUUGGAUUCAAGACCGUCGCCUGUAUUACGUUUCUUUGUGCGUGUGCUGCUGCACAGCCGUAUAAAAAGAAAAAAUACACCGUCAUUGAUUGCACCUUCUUUUCGUUUCUGGCAAUUAUUUCGGCUUUCCAGUACUACAUCUACGUCUUGCUUCAAGAAACGGAAAAGUUUUCACGUGAUAUUCUAGUAAACCAGCUACUAAUGUACCUCCCCUUGAUCUACAUGAUAAUGUACGUUGCACGUCGGCUGUUUCUCUGCUUCAAGAACAGAGACUCAAAUCCCUACCUCCUGCUGAAUGACGGCGAGCUAAAAGACACGCUGUCCGACGAUAGAGAAGGAAACAGACAACCUGUGAACAUAGAUAUAUCGCCGAGACAAUCCAUCACGAGAACAGAGGUGAGCAUUGCCGAGCUAUCACAGGAAAACGAGUCGGAAGGUGAGAGCGAGGAGGCCGAGUCGUCUCCUCUCAUGGGAAAGAGAAGGGAAAUGAAGAUAUUCUCACAGCACGCAGCCACCGAGUCGGCUGAGUACUGCCUCACAAGGAACACCUGA